CUCCGCCGUCCGCGGGAAGGAGUUUGUGGCGCCAGCGAAAAGUACACAGAUCUCUGCGACAGCAACAAGGUUCUUAAGUGCUGAGCGAACACUACCGCCUCGAACUCCCAGCGCGUCUUUCCUGAGAGCAUCGUGACCAUGAUGUGGAAUAGUGGAUAUGAAAGCUAUGGCAGCUCCACGUUCGGGGGAGCCGGUGGCUACACCCAGUCUCCGGGCGGCUUUGGAUCGCCGACACCUUCUCAGGCUGAAAGGAAAUCAAGAGCCCGAGCCCAGCACGUUGUGCCCUGUACCAUAUCUCAGCUGCUUUCUGCCACUCUGGUCGAUGAAGUGUUCAGAAUUGGGAAUGUUGAGAUUUCACAGGUUGUCAUCAUCGGGAUAAUCAGACAUGCAGAGAAGGCUCCAACCAACAUUGUUUACAAAAUAGACGACAUGACAGCUGCACCUAUGGAUGUUCGCCAGUGGGUUGACACGGAUGAUGCCAGUGGUGAAAACACUGUGGUUCCUCCGGAAACAUACGUGAAAGUGGCUGGUCAUCUGAGAUCUUUCCAGAACAAAAAAAGCCUGGUGGCCUUUAGGAUCAUGCCCCUGGAUGAUAUGAAUGAGUUCACCGCACACAUCCUGGAAGUGGUGAACGCACAUAUGAUGCUGGCCAGAGCUAACAGCCAGCCCUCAGCAGGGAGAGCACCCAUCAGCAAUCCAGGAAUGGCUGAAGCAGGGAACUUUGGUGGGAGUAGCUUCACACCAGCAAAUGGUCUCACUGUGGCCCAAAACCAGGUGCUGAAUUUGAUUAAGGCUUGCCCAAGACCUGAAGGAUUGAACUUUCAUGAUCUCAAGAACCAGCUUCAGCACAUGACUAUAGCCUCAAUCAAGCAAGCUGUGGAUUUUCUAAGCAACGAGGGACACAUCUAUUCUACUGUGGAUGACGAUCAUUUUAAAUCCACAGACGCAGAAUAACUGGACCUAAUUGAGCACCCAACAUGUUUUCCAGCUGGACCUAUUUUCAUGAUCUGUUUUGUCCAGCUGUGCCUACGUUUGACCAGUUGACUUCUAGAAAGUAAGUUUCAUCUGUAAAAGGUCUCAGUUGACCUCCUUAUGAAACUUAUUCUCUUCUGUUUUUUUGACGUUCAGAGGGAGAUGGCCAGCUGACGGGGUGAUCCAGAGUGGUAUUUCUUAAAGAAGUUACAAAUUAACUAGUUAUAGUAACAUCAGGAGAGAUGGAAGUGGAAGAAGGAUGCUACCAAGAGAGUUGGGCAGUAUUACUUACAUAAUUCUCAGGAGUUUCUAUUCCUAAAAUAUUUUCUGUUGAGAGAAGAUGAGUACAACAACUAGGGCCUGUCAGCAGAGAGCCACCCAAGAAAUGUGCUAACCUCUGCUGGUUUCGUUCCCCGUUUUGGUUAUGUGGUGUUACUUUCAGAAUUGCACUUUCCCUCAACUUGUCAUGGCUGAUGCCAAAAGCAUUUUUGUAAACAUGAGGUUCUGGAGUGGUGGCCUCAUGUGUCAAAGGAGAGGAAGAAAUGUUACUGUGUUUUGUAUAAAGUGAGUACAUCCGUGUGGUUAAUAAAAUAGUUAUGUUAUUGUA